AUGGGUGACGGGGGCGGCGGCAGCAACCAGCGGAUCGACCUGGGCGCGCCGCUCCGUUCGGCGCGCCCGGCCGACGCGCCGCCGCAGCACAAGGCCGGCCUCAACUCCGGGCCCCUGCGGCACCCGGGCGCCGUGCCCUUCGCCUGGGAGCAGCGCCCGGGCCAGCCCAAGAGCGUCCGCACCCGCCGCGCGGCGCCGCCGACGCCCCCGCGGGAGACUUCCUGGACGCCGCGGCUGGGCGAGGAGAUAGGCGGCAGCAGCCCCUACCACGACGCCCUCGGGGAGCUCGAUCUCCAGGCGCUUCGUGGCGUCGCCGACCACCAAGGUUCCCGGACUGUCGCCGCAUCGCGCAAGGUGGUGGUGGAAGACGAGGCUGCGGUGGCGGCGGAAUCGACCGAGGUAGUGAAGAAGCACGAGGCGCUCCCGGUGGCUGCGGUGCUGCGGAAGCAGCGCGGCGAAGUGGAAGAUGAAGAGGAAGAGGAGAGGUUCUCCGACGCGCUCGACACGCUCUCCCGCACCGAGUCCGUUGCCAUGAACUGCAGCGUCAGCGGCCUCAGCGGCGCUCCGGACCCCGGACAGGGCGCCGAGCCAGGCUCGCGGGGCUUCAUGAUGGACCGCUUCCUGCCGGCCGCGCAGGCUGUCGCCGUGGGCUCCCCGCAGUACACCUUUCGGAAGGCCGGCGUCGCCGGUGGCGCCGGCAACGAUGGCCGCGAGCAUGCGCGCGCGGCUGCGGUGAAGGCAGGCGCGGGCAAUGGCCAGGAUCGAAUGAGGAGAGCGCCUGUCCAGCUCCCUUACCAGCACCUGCCGCCCAAUUACUUGUCCUGCGCCUAUCGAAGACACGAAGAGCGUGAAGAGGGGGAUGAGGAGGAUGACGAGGACUAUGAUGUGCAUAGUACCCGGGGGUUUUCAGCCAAGGGGUGUGGUUUGCUCCCUAGCCUAUGUGUGAAAACUUCCUUGUUGCUCUUGAAUCCAAUGCCUUCAAUGAAGCGCGGCAAGAAAGUUAGAGGCUGGCAGUUACCAUGCAAAGGCAGGGGCCAAAUGGCGCAGAGUCCGCUUGCCCGGAGCUCGCAGAACAAGCACCUGGGAUGUGAUUCCAACGGGCAAUCCUGGGAGGAUGUGUAUAAGCAUAAGUUGGAGCAGAAGUAUCUUGGUCAAGGCGAGGAUGGCAGGAGCAAGCUGACAAGUGAGUCGAAUCAGCUUACUUUCUCGAGCAAUUCACCGACUGGGGAUGGAUCUUCACCAUAUUACCAUUCCAUAGCUGGUGGCAUGUCUCCAUAUCGCAGCUAUGCUGUGAUGUCACCGUCAAGUAAACCAAAUGGGUCGUCUGGAAUAGGAGAUAAGGAUGAUAAGGCAUGUAGGAGCAAGACCAAUGGUUCUGGUUCGUUUGGGAGAGACCAUGAUCGAACCUCGUUGGUUGGAUCAGAUCAUAGUAGCUUUAAGGGAUCAAAUUCCAUGAGUUCAGGACCAGAUGGAGCAGUGCAUGAAGAUUCAAUGGAUCACCAUGGAGAUACUGAUUCAGACACAUGCCACUUAGGUGUGCUUGUGGAUACAAAGGCAGAUUUGAAUGCAAAUAUAUAUGACUCUCAGCCUGGAAGGCAAAAGAUAGUUGGAAAGAACUCGAUUGUGAAAGAUCAAAUCAAUGAUUCAUUGACCGAAAAGAUCUCUGAACGUAGAGAACCCACAUUUCCAUUGGAUGAUGGAAAAGAUUUGCAGCAUGAUGCUAGUCAUGAGUUACCACAACAUUUGGAAGACAAUAAUGUUGCCAAAAAGGAAACCAUACCAUUGCAAUCUCUGCUCCCUUUACCUGUCCCAAAAUCACCUUCAGAGUCAUGGCUUUCUCGUAUUUUGCCAUCCGUGACGAAUAAGCCACCUCUGCCAUCUUUUCUUGGAAUUCAAGUACACUCAAAGAAACAAGCUCCCUGGGCCACAAUGCAACCAAAGGAGAAUGAUCAUAAACCUUCCAGGCCACGGCAAAUAAGAUUUGCAGAUUAUUUAUCCAUUCACGGUGUUGAUGCCUUGAAGGCUAUCAGGGUCAUAUACUUCACCGGCACUCAACGAGCUCCCCAUAUGUGCCUCCUCUUUUUACAGAUGUGGUCACUUUGA